UGUAAAACAACAUCGAAGAAACACGUCUUCAUCAUAUCGCAGGACUUUUCCUCUGUUUCCAGUCAUUUCUCGUCUCUGUCAUCAGCAAUCAUGAGCGACACCAUUUAUCCUCCAGAGAGCAUCUAUAAUUUGAUCCCCAGAGAGGAGGAGAAAACCAUGAAAGCCCCCAGGUACAUGUCAAAGUUCAGAGAGCAGGUGAAACUGGAGAAACAGUCGAACAAAGCCCCUAAUAAAUCUAUGGGGCCAGCAAAAGUGGACGUCCCAUUGCCACAGAAAUAUCUGCUAAAACACUCGAAGGAACCCAGACUCCCUGAAAGGAAACCAUUUAAAUAUGAAGAUGAUGAGCUGCAUUGUAAACCACCAGUACCUGCUAGAACUGACAAGCCGCUCAUGGGUCUUCAUACCAACAAGAACUUCAUUAAGACCAAUGCUGUUGAGAAUAUCAUGGCAGUCCCGAAGAAACCACAGCCGGCCUUUACUGAUACAAAAAAGGGAGACAAACAACCUCUUGAAAACUCUGGUCUCGUUCCUAAAUAUAUAAAGAAGAAGGAUUUUGGUCAGACUCCAGAGUACCUGCUCCAGCGCAGAGAGGAAGUCAGGAAAGCACAGGAGGAAUAUGACAGCUACGUCAAAGAGCGGAUGAAAGAAGGGGCCAUGAAACAGCUCUCAGGUGAAGAACGACACAAAAUCCUGCAGGCUUUGAAGAAGAACUGGGAUGACCUUCAUCAUCAAUACCAGGGUCUCUCGGUUGUCAUUGACACUGCUCCCAAAAAAUACAGGAAGGAGCGACUGGAGCAGGAAAUGAAGCAGCUGGAGAGAGAUAUUGACAUGAUUGAGCGUCACAAAACCAUCUACAUUUCGAAUAACUAGUAGCUCUGAGUUCAGCAAAUAUCUAAGAACAACAUUUAAAACAUGUCUUCACUCGUUGUCUUCUGUUGUUUUUGUUGAAGGGCUUUAGUUAAAUUUUACCGCAGUACAUCUUAGUCUAAUAAAAAAGUGAUGG